UAGACAAGCUACUUUAGAAUCUUAUUGAUCUUGAUAAAACUAUCAAAUAAGUCCUUGUACUAUAUCGAGAAAGUCAAUUAAACCCUCGUACUUUGAAAACACCCAAUUGAACCCUCGAACUCCUAAAAAACACUCAAUUAGGCGAAUUAGUAGGUAACCAACCGGUUUCCCGGUUACCUGCCCGCAUGGCAGUCCAUGUGGUGGUCUACGGGGCAAAUAUUAAAAUUUUCCUUUUCUAUUCUCACUUUACUUCUUUCCCAGUUGGCUGCAACACCAAUACUUCCCGUCUCCAGCACUUCCUCAUCCCUUUGUUCUUUUCUUUUCUUUUCUCACCCUCCAGAAUUUCCCAUCUCCUUCAACCAAACCUUCUGCGCCACCACGCUUUUUCAUCCCUUUGUAUUGUCCCUGAAAUAUUAUCUAGUGAACUCCAAGCCUCCAUUAAUAGAGGAUGAACACCGAAAUCAAUUUUAGAACCAUAAAUCAACUUCCGUUCUUCUGCCAAAUGAAAUUGGAAUGCACCUGGGGUUCCAACGCAACCCUAGUUGCUCAUCUGUGGCAGAUUCAACAUAAUUGAGCUUCUAAAUCGCCAUUAAUGGCGUAUUGACAUUAAAAUUGAGCUUUAGCAACCUAAAUCAAUGGAAAACGUUGUGGGAAGCAAAUCUAACCUAACUUAACCUAACCUAACCUAAAGGAGGUUACAAGCAUGAUCCUGAAAGUUGAAAUCGGGACCUUCAAAACUGGUUUGGAUUGUGAGUCGAGCUCCCAAGCAUCCAUUAAUGGCAGAAGCUCCAAAGACAAAUUCGAGCGAUGGGUAUUUAGGUUCUUGAGGAAGAAGAAUCCAUUAAUUGUCUGGAGGAGUUUCUCGAGCUGAUGAACCACUGAGCAUACACAGGAAGAGUGCUUGCUGGAUGGAAUCCCAUAUGAUAUGGAUUAGGACUCGUUACUUUCUUUUAUUAAUAUUGGUUCUUUUAUUUAGUAUUGUUAUAAUUCCUAGUAUAGCUAAUUGUAAGCAGCAACAGGAAGUUACUUGUAGUGGGCUUAGUGGUGUCCACAUAGCAGCAGUUAUUUCCCAUGAUGUAGUUUUAUUUAUAGGCAUCAUCUAGGAUGGAAAACGGGGAUUGAUACUUUGGCCAAACUACUCUUCUACCUUCUUCUAAGCUUUCUUUUCUUCCAGUAAAUACAAUUCUAAGGAAGACUUUUGCUUCAGCCAGAUUAUUCCUCUUGAUCUUUUCUUCCUUCCAGUAAACAGAGUUCUGAGAAUCUAUCAAUUGGUAUCAGAGCAUGGAUACCCGGGGCAAAUCUAAUGCGGAAUUCCGGCAGGAGAUGAACGAAGCUAUCGCCCGUCACGACAACCAAUUUGCUCAAAUUGCUGCAGCUCUACAAGCCAUCACCGUCGAGCUACAAGCCAGUCGGAUGGCUAGGGAACACCCAGACCAUGAGGUGGACAAUCCGUUUGCUGCUGAGCAUAACCGGAACGGACUUCGCCCUCAUGAUCCCAAGGCGCGAUUCCCAAAGUUCAGUGAAGGGGAUCCAGCCGGGUGGAUAUACCAAGCCGAGCAGUACUUCGAUUACUACGAUGUCGCUCCAGACCGGAAGGUAAGGCUCGUGUCCAUGCAUCUGGAAGGCCUAGCUCUUCAAUGGUACCGAUGGUUGCUGAAACGAAGGGGACCAGUCACGUGGGACGAGUUCGUUAGGGCUAUACGUCUCCGUUUUGGCCCUACCGAGUUUGCAGACCCUUCUGAAGCUUUAUCCCGUCUAAAACAGUCUACGACUGUCGCAGUUUACCAAGAAACGUUUGAACAACUGUCACACCAAAUAGACGACCUGCCCGAGUCUUUUCUCAUUGGAUGUUUUUCGGGAGGCCUGCGUGACGAGAUUCGGCUUGAUGUUAAGACCCUAAAGCCUCGAACUCUCGAAGAAGCUUUUGGGUUGGCCCAAUUAGUGGAAGAAAAAUCACGGUUGGCCAUCCGCACCCCACUUUCUGUACAACCGGUAGCUUCCAAACAGUCAAACACAAGUGGCAUUCUUGGACCUCCGCCGGUUGCUCGCCUUGAUCAACAUAAACCGUCCCCACCAAUCAAACGCCUUCCCUGGGAGGAGAUGCACCGCCGACGCUCGCUGGGCCUUUGCUUCUCUUGCAACGAACAGUUUGCUCCGGGUCACCGUUGCAAACACCAACAACUCAUGCUACUCGAGAUGGGGGAAAUUCCGGUAGAUUAUUCUGAAGAAGCUGCAGAUAGUCGUGAAGCCGGUCCUGAUAUGGUGGGAGGAUAGGGACUGGUUCCUCAACAGUUCCCAAGCAUUGACCUUGAGGACAAGGUCUCACUUGGAGGGGAAGGUAUUGAUGAACCACUGAGCAUACACAGGAAGAGUGCUUGCUGGAUGGAAUCCCAUAUGAUAUGGAUUAGGACUCGUUACUUUCUUUUAUUAAUAUUGGUUCUUUUAUUUAGUAUUGUUAUAAUUCCUAGUAUAGCUAAUUGUAAGCAGCAACAGGAAGUUACUUGUAGUGGGCUUAGUGGUGUCCACAUAGCAGCAGUUAUUUCCCAUGAUGUAGUUUUAUUUAUAGGCAUCAUCUAGGAUGGAAAACGGGGAUUGAUACUUUGGCCAAACUACUCUUCUACCUUCUUCUAAGCUUUCUUUUCUUCCAG